GUCAUUACCUAAGAAGUACACAGACGUGGAGCUGUUUGACAAAUGCGCUUCUUUCACAGCGGCCCCCGUUCAAUCUCUGCCCUGCUGUUCUGCUCGGUCCUAACGCCAUUCCUUCUGUCUGCUGGAGUGUUAGGAGGGUGUUUUAGCAGGUGACUUGGUCUCUCGCCGCUCUCUUCUUCCUGCAGCAUCAGCGCCAGCUAUGUCCGGAUUCAAUCUACUGCAUCUGGUCACCCAAGGCCAACCUGUAAAACUCAAGGCCUGCGGGCUCCCCUCAGGAACAUGCCGGAGCAAGAAGACAUGGCCCAAAACGUUCCCAGUGGAGGAGCUGAGGAAGCGGUUGACCCCCAUGCAGUACCUUGUUACUCAGGAGAAAGGUACAGAGAGUGCUUUCACAGGAAAAUAUACAGAUAACAAAGAGGAAGGAACGUACCACUGUGUUGUUUGCGGCACCCCACUUUUCACGUCUAAUAAGAAGUUUGACUCUGGAUCAGGAUGGCCUUCCUUUUUUGAUUUGAUCAAUAAGGACUCCAUCACACAAACAGAUGACUUUUCAUAUGGCAUGCACAGAGUGGAGACAACCUGCAGUCAGUGUGGUGCUCACCUGGGCCACCUCUUUGAUGACGGACCCCUGCCAACAAGGAAGCGCUACUGUAUAAACUCAGCCUCCCUCAAUUUCCAAUCAAAAAACGCUGCCUCUGAGGGGGUGGAGCCAACCGAAGGUGCUGGCCAAUCACCAUCUUCUAGUAAGAAUGAAGAUCUUUAAUGGAACUUGAAAUGGACCAAUCAAGUUGCAGAUGUCACACAGGCUACUCCAAAGUCACUCCUGAACUUCCAAAUGCAAAUAUAUUCUAAGCAACAUUUGUCCAAUUUAUGGGAAUGUGUGCAUGGAAUGCAAUAUCAGAUAAGAAUGGUCUAACAUUUGCUCCUCAACUUUAUUGCUUAAUGGAGGGGGAUAAAGGGAUAUUUCACCCAGAAAUAAAAAUUACUUUUUUUCACUGUGUAUCAUAAAAGCAGAUGUUAGGCAGAAUGAUAUCGCCGGUCUCUAUUAACUUUCAUUGAAUGGAAAAAAGAUGAAACCAAAGGGAAUGGUGAUUGGCACUAGCAUACUGCCUAACAUCUCCCUUUGUGUUCCAUUGAAGCAAGUCAUAUGGGUUGAAUAAAUUAUGAGUUUUUAUUUUUGGGUAAACUAUACCUGAAAAAUAAAGUGAUCUAGAAACCUGGUAUUGCUCCCAAGAACUUUGAUGUGCUAUUCUGUUUUUGAACACUCAAUGGUGGAUGUCAUAAUGUUAAUAAUAUAGACUAAUAUAUUUUUUCUGCAAAAAUAUAUUUUUAAAGCCCAUUGAUUGGAAACAAAUUAUAUAGGUAUACUUUCUCCGUGUGCCGUGUUGUUUUUGAAGUGACAUGUGAUACAGGGAGGCCAUGAAGUCUUAGGAAAAUGCUAUGCAAGUGCUCCUGUGAGCAGUAAAAUAAGCAACGAGUGGAGAACAAAGCAUUCUUUGAAAUAAAAUGGAACAGAUGACAAAUGUUUAGUCUGAACAUAAAUGUAGCCUGACUUUUAAAGGUGCUUUUUUUUGGUCUCCCUGCUUGCAGUGCCUAUUUUUAUUCUGAGUUGAAUAUUUUCUUGGAUAUUGAUUGACUUUGAUUGAUAGACUUGUAUUGUUCAUUAUUCAUAUUGACCGGUGUGAUUAAAGGGUUAAUAAGAACCAUUUGUUGUUGUGAGUU